ACCUCUCUCUCUCUCUCUCUCUCUCUCUCUCUCUCUCACACACACACACACAAACACACACUUUUUUUACAUGAACACCUUAGAACCUUGUAGAGAGAGACCCACAAAUCCACAAACAAAUAACAUUUUAUAGAGAUAACAAAGAGGGUGUGUUAAUGUGUUUAUAUAUGAUAUGAAAGAUGUCAAAAAUUCUAGAGAGUAAGAGAAGCAAUGAAUUAGAGUUAAAGAAAUGAAGGAAGCAAUUAACCAAUCAAGAUUACCAACACCCAAAACAAUCUUUCUUUCUCUUAUCAUCCUCUCUCUCUUCAUCCUCAUCUUUCUCUCUCUACAAUCCCACAACUCUCUCCAAAAGCCCAUAUCCACCAACCCGACCCAUGGCCUCAAGAUCCGACCCGGAUACACCUCCUACGACACCUACAUCCACCAUCAGCUCCAAAAAACCACCAACCCAAAACUCCGAAAAAUAUGGACCACAAGAGACUGGGCCCGGAAGAUUCGGGUCUUCCAACGGUUUUUUAACCGUUUAAAACAAGAAAAACUGUUAUCAACAACAUCAAAGGCACUAUGCAUUGGGGCCCGGGUUGGGCAAGAAGUGGAGGCAUUGAAACGGGUCGGGGUGAAUAAUUCAAUCGGGUUGGAUCUUGUACCGUACCCGCCUAAUGUGAUCAAGGGUGACUUUCAUUACCAGCCGUUUGAUGAUGAGACUUUUGACUUUGAGUUUUCAAAUGUGUUUGAUCAUGCACUUUACCCGGAUAAAUUUGUGGGGGAGAUCCAACGGACGUUGAAGAUUGGUGGGAUAUGUGUGUUACACGUGGCGGUUUCUAGACGGUCCGAUAAGUACUCGGCCAAUGAUUUGUAUAGCGUUGAACCUUUGAAGAUGUUGUUUAAUGGGUCGGAGCUUGUUCGGUCCAGAAAGGUUGAUGGGUUUGGGUUGGAUACUGAGGUGGUGUUCAGAAAAAAGAAAAGUUGAGGAAAUUAUGAUUUGCUCAUUUUGGAUGAACAAGAUUAGUUAUUAUAGUUUUAUAAAUCAAGUAUUUAAUUAGAGUGUAAUCAUAUUCUAUAUGCAUGUGUAUAAAUAUUGUAACAUACAUAGAUGCAUGUGUAACACCAACCACACCUUAUCUAGUAA